AUGACUGCCAGCGGACCUAACUACACGAGAUUGAAAGGCGGAUUGAGAGGAUUGGCAGUCUGCGAGCACGACGACGUGAAUCUACAGCUGCCGUCGUGUGUCUCAGACCAUCGCACCAUAUCGCAUAGACGUCCAGAAGAACUACAGGGCGCUACUGGGGUAGUAGCGUCCUCACUUCGCCAGCUAGAAUGCGAAGUGAGCUUCAGACGGAGCAAAUGCUCAUAUAUUGCUACUUCGCCGAUUCCAGCCCGUUGGCAAGCCCAGACGUCUCCGACCAAGUGUUCUGACCUUGAUGGCCAAUCUAUGGGUUGCCGUUUCUUCAUGAGCUUGUUUUCCGUUCCUGAGACUGGCUGGUCAGAAUACGAAUACCGGAAAAAAAGCUUUUUCUUUGGUCUGCGACAGCAGUCUGUCGGCCCCACUAACCACCAUGGUCUCUCGCUGCGCCGUGCUUCGAGGACCGUGUUCGCACGGAUCAAUACCUGCGGGUAUGUCGAGAAGUCACGGUACAUUGAGAAGUACGGCUGUGGUGGCUAUGUGCGGGCCUCCCCGCGACUUGCCUUUCUUUUCCGUUGGUAG